UUAAAAACUUUUGUCUAGAGAAAUUGAUUGCAGCAAUGUUUUUCUAGAUCCAUAUGCUCAACUUCUUCUUGAGGCUAUGAAGCAAUCUGGUUGCACUGUCUUCAAUGACCGGCACUUUUCUUGUGAAAACUGUGAUGGCUGUGUCAGUGGAGGUUUUGAUUCUGCGACGUCUCAGAUUGUUCUGUGUCAGAACAACAUUCGCCACCAAUCCCAUAUGAACCGGGUGGUCACACAUGAAUUGAUUCAUGCUUUUGAUCACUGCCGUGCACAUGUUGACUGGUUUAAAAAUGUCAAGCACUUAGCAUGUUCGGAGAUUCGAGCUGCUAACCUCAGUGGAGACUGUACACUGAUGAAUGAAAUAGCCAGGUUUAAAUUUGGCUUAAAAGGACACCAUCAGACUUGUGUACGAGACAGAGCAAUUCGUUCCAUUCUGGCUGUUAGAAAAGUUAGCAAAGAAACUGCCGAAAAAGCUGUGGAUGAAGUUUUUGAUGCCUGCUUCAAUGAUCUGGAACCUUUUGGAAGAAUUCCGCACAGUAAAGCAGAUGCAAAACGUGCUUAUAGAGACUUUCAGAACAGAGAUCGCUAUAAUGCUAAUUUGUAAAGGAAGAAACAUGACAAAUUAUGUCAAUAUCUGAUUGUUCUGUAACAUCUGGAGUUACAGUCUACACACAGCAGUGCUGGUGGAAAGGGUAAUUCUAUCAAAUGUAUGAACUAAUUUUGUAAACUUUUUCCAGGAGCCAACUUCCAUGGAAGUAAACAAAGUAAAUGAAUAAGACCAAAACCCAUGUUUCCUCCUCACCUGUUAUUCCAGUGAGAUAAUGUAGUACACCAAAUUACUUGUCAAAUAAUGAUCUGCACAUUUAAUUCUGGUCAGUUUGACUAGGAUGACUAGGACUUGGUUUCUAAAAGUUUGUUGUUACUUGUAUUGGGUUUGUGUAGCAGGGUCUUGGUAGUGGGGGGG